UUAAAGCAUGUCUUGGAGGUGCGAGUCAUAUCAAUAAAAGCCUAGAUGUUGCUGAAUAUCCAUAUACAAAGGAUCCAGCAGGUGGACCAGAUGGUAAUAAAUCUUCGGGGUCUGAAUUAAGAAGUCUUCGACCUACAUGGUUCAUGAAAGGCCAGGAGACCAAAAAUCCCCGUAUAAUAGUUUUUAUAACCGGUGGUGUGACAUAUUCAGAACUCCGGACUGCAUAUGAAAUCACCGAAAAACAUCGUCAAGAUGUCAUUAUUGGUUCAACGCAUAUCAUAACUCCUCAGAAAUUCGUUGAAGAUAUGUCACUUCUUCACAAUCCGCCUACACAGUCUUAUUCACCACCAAAGUCAAGACCGUUACCCGCCCCUCCGAAUGUACCAACUGCUCAAAAUUAUAAUCAAUAUAAUAAAUCACCAUCUGCUUAUGGAUAUCCGCAAGGUGGUCAAUAUUCACAACCUCCAUACUCACAGCAAGGCGCUUUUCAAGGAGGCAACUAUCAACAACAAGGAAAUUAUUCUUACAAUCAAUCAAAUCCCGGUUAUCAACAAGGCUAUCCGACAAGGCCACAAUAUAUGAAUCCGAAGCCAUGA